AGGGUAUAGAUUGCAGUGGGAGCCCUGGUGGGCCAGGCUGCAUUGUGAUAGCGACAGAUGUCUGAGGGGCACUCCUCAGAGCCACACUGCACCCUCGCAGAGCAAGCCUGGAAUCCGCAGCUGUCACUUGCAAGGCUUUCGCCCUCCAUUAUCACAUUCAAGCGGAGUCUGGGCACCGACUGAGCGCGCUCCACACAUACAGGUGACACCAUGGGAGGGAAACUGAGCAAAAAAAAGAAGGGCUACGAUGUGAGUGAUCCUAAAGACAAAAAGGAUGAGGCUGCAGCACCAGCCGCAAGUGCCGAAGAGUCCGGUAAAGCGGAGGAUGAGGCAGCACCCGCGGAAGCUCAUGUCACACCCGAAUCCGGCAAAGCGGAAGAGGUAGCUACUGGAUCGGAUGAGGCGGCAGUCAAAGACCCCGAAGAGCCCAAUUCCACUCCACCUGAGGAACAAGUUCCAGUAGAAGCCCCAGUUCCAGAAGAAUCAGUCCCUGUCGAAGAAGAAGCAGCUCCGGUUCCAGAUGAACCGGUCCCGGUCAAGGAAGAAGCAGCACCGGUUCCAGACGAACAGGUCAUAACCAAUGAAGAAGCAGCUUCCGUUGCAGAACCGGACGUCGUCAAGGAAGAAGUAGCUCCAGUAACAGAACCUGUUGCAGUCCAAGAGGCUGCUCCAGUUCCAGAGGAACAAGCAGCACCAGAGGAACCGCCUACAGCACCACAAGAAGUGGCUUCAGUACCAGAGGAAUCAGGGCCACUCGCAAAGGAAACAACUCCAGUUCUAGAGGAAGCAGCUGCAGUAGAAGAAGAACCUACUGCAGCACCAGAUGUGCCUGUUCCAGUUCUAGAAGAAGCUGCUGCAGUUUCCGAAGUAGCAUCGCCGUUACCAGAAGACGCCGCGGUCAAAGAACCAACGGAGGCAGAAGUGGAGUCUGCAGCUACACCCGAACCCGUUGAAGAACCUCCCAGAGUUAAAGAAACUGUGACAGAAGUAGAGGUUGUUCCCGCUAGUCCAGAGGAGGCCCUCACAGAGACAGAAUCCAUUCCCGUGACUGUUACCGAGACUGAGGCCGUUAUGGAGGAGACAGCCCAACCUCCAUUCCUUCAGGAACUCGAACCGUUUGCUGAGCCAGAAAUAGAGCAAGAGACAAUUUUGCAAACCAAACCAGAGCAGGUAACAGACCCUGAGCCAGAAUCAGUGACGGAACCAGAGCCCGAACAGGAGAUUGACACACAGGAGCCCCAAGCUGAGGAACAAGACCAAGAAGAUGAGCCCGGUCCAACGCCGGCCGCAGAUGACACCGCAGAACACGAGACUGAGGAUGCCGAGGAAAUCCACGAAAAACGUAUGCCUUCAAACUACGAGCCAGCUGGACCGGACACAGAAGAACUCGCAGAAUCCGACGCCAUAGCCGAAGCUUCCGCGGAAGACGUGCCUUGCCCAGAGAGCGCGGCUGAAACAAAGCUGGAGAACGGCGACGCAGAGAGCUCGCCUCUUCCAGAGGAGCUGACGGAAAUAUCGGCUUUGCCGGCCGUGAAUGGUCAGCGCCCAAUCUCAACACGUGCGGAAGAAUGCGUUAAUGGUACGGAGAAGUCAGCGGAGUCCCCCGUCAAGAAGCUGAGUGACUUUGAACUGAAAGUGGACGUUAGCCUGAGCGAGGAUGUCCGCCACCAUGCCCCCGAGGACGCCGGCGACAUGGCGGAGGCUCUGAAUACCGAGCUCACGCAGGAAGUCUGAUCUUAAUGUGAAUUUGGGGCAAAUCUUCCAAUGUUGUGUGAGAAAGGCGUCAAGGAAUCACAAAAGCGGUGAGGGUUUCGGAAACGUCGCUGAGCACGGUGGUGUUUUUCACGGUAACUCGGGCAAUAAUAUUUGUUUUGAGUUCAAAAACAAAAAUAAA